AGCUUGGGCAAACGCUGGCUGCUGCACACAGAGGACCAAACAGGCAAUUGAUAUAGACCUGGAACACCAUCGAGAGAUUUGAAGAUGGACGUUAACUUUACCACAGCUUCUACAACUCCUCAGGGAAACGACUGUGACCUUUAUGCACACCACAGUACAGCCAGGAUCCUAAUGCCUCUGCAUUACAGCGUUGUUUUCAUCGUUGGACUGCUGGGGAACUUACUAGCCUUGGUGGUCAUCUUCCAAAACAGAAAGAAAAUCAACUCUACCACCUUAUAUUCAACCAAUUUGGUGAUUUCUGACAUACUUUUUACCACUGCUUUGCCUACACGGAUAGUGUACUACGCGCUUGGCUUUGACUGGAAAAUUGGCGACGCCCUGUGUAGGAUAACUGCGCUUGUGUUUUACAUCAACACAUACGCAGGUGUGAACUUCAUGACCUGCAUGAGCAUUGACCGGUUCUUUGCUGUGGUGCACCCUCUGCGAUACAACAAGAUGAAAAGAAUUGAACAUGCGAAAGGCGUGUGCAUAUUUGUCUGGAUGCUAGUAUUUGCUCAAACUCUUCCACUACUUGUAAAGCCCAUGUCAAAGGAUGAGAACAAAAGGACUACGUGCAUGGAAUAUCCAAACUUUGAAGAGACAGAAUCGCUUCCCUGGAUUCUGCUAGGGGCAUGUUUAAUAGGAUAUGUUCUUCCACUCAUAAUCAUUCUCAUCUGCUACUCCCAGAUCUGUUGCAAACUCUUUAAAACCGCCAAACAAAACCCACUAACUGAAAAAUCCGGUGUCAACAAAAAGGCCCUCAACACCAUCAUUUUUAUAAUCAUUGUGUUUGUUAUCUGUUUCACACCUUAUCAUAUUGCAAUUAUUCAACACAUGAUAAAGAAGCUUCAUGCUCCUGGUCUCCUUGACUGUAGCCAAAGAUAUUCCUUCCAGAUUUCUCUGCACUUUACAGUGUGCCUGAUGAACUUCAAUUGUUGCAUGGACCCUUUCAUUUAUUUUUUUGCAUGUAAAGGGUACAAGAGAAAAGUGAUGAAGCUGCUGAAACGUCAAGUGAGUGUAUCAAUUUCCAGUGCUGUGAGGUCUGUCCCAGAAGAAAACUCACGUGAAAUGACAGAAACACAAACAAUAAUACAUUCCAAGUUGUUAAAUGGAAAAUAAAGGACUAAAUCUUGGAUUUACAGCAAAAUAAACUGCAAGACUUAUAAAGAAAAUUAUCAUUCAACUUCUAAUUAGGAUUUCCUUAAAAGAUAGACACAUUGUGCUCUAAUUUCUCAUCACUUCCAUCCAACGUGAAAGCAGAUGUAUUUUACAGCUCAAGAGGGGGCUUCCAAAAAUGUAUGGGAAAAGUCCACUAUCUCUUCAUUCCAUUUCACAAACUCUGGAGCCUCCUCAUGUACAUAAAAAAGCUAUCUUAAUAAUUCUUGUGUACAGUGAAAACUUGUGGGUCAAUGAAAAUUUAAGUAAUAUUUUCUGCCAAUAAUCUGGGAAAAGACUGACUGGAUUGUA